GCUCUGUGGAUAGUUCAACACUUGUAUCAGUGAUGAUUGCUUCGUCUGGUUCCUGAGUGAAUUUUAGGAUACAUUCAAUACCCAUCAUGGCCACGUUGAAACAUACCCUCAUCCUGUGCCAGCUUCUUCCAUUAGUGAUGACCAUAAAUACCAUCUUAUUCCCGUGUGACACUGAUGAGAAUACCACCAUAGUGGACUGCUCCAACAGACCACUCAAGCAUGUCCCCUCCAUCAACUAUAAAACUGUAAUAUCACUUGAUUUAAGUCAGACUAAGAUCCAGCAAGUGGGGCAGCAUGCUUUCUCCGGUGUCCCAAACCUUGGCACUCUGAAAAUAAUGGGGAACUGUCAACCGGGUCGCCUGAGAGAUUUGGAGGACCGCUUAUGCAAAAUGGAGAUCCAUGAUGAGGCAUUCAAGAGUCUAUCAAAGCUGAAUUCUUUGUAUCUAUCAGGAAACAGUCUCACCUCUAUUCCCCAGUUACCUGAAAAUCUGACGCUUCUUGACCUACAGAAUAAUUGCAUCUUUGAAAUUAACCAGCCUUUAAACACUCCACAUCUCAAAGACCUCUACCUCACCAAGAACUGCUUUUAUGCAAACCCAUGUGGGCAGUCCUUUUACAUCAACGAGAGCGUUUUCAGAGGGCUCUCUGAACUCAAAAACCUUACCUUAGGGUAUAAUAAUUUCACAGCUAUCCCUAAAGGGCUACCACCCUCACUGGAAAGUUUGGAUUUAAAAGAGAAUACAAUCACAGAGGUCUUAGAAGGAGCAUUUGCCAACUUGACUCUCCUGAAGUAUUUGAAUGUGGAGUGGAAUUGCCAGCGUUGUGACCAUGCAGCCAGGCCCUGCUUUCCUUGCCCACAAAAUCUCUCUCUACACCUGUAUCCAAACUCAUUCUAUGCUGAGAACAGCUCCCUCAGCUUCCUAAGCUUGAGAGGAAACUCUUUGAAAACAUUUCCUGAGGGUCUUUUCCGACCUUUGAAGAAUUUAAAGGGUUUGGACCUCUCUGACAACCUUCUGGCAUAUGCAAUACAAAAUGGCACCUUCUUUGCAGAGCUGGAGGGCCUCACUUGGAUUAGCCUUAUCUAUAACUAUGAACCACUGAGGACAUUUCAGGAGUUUAACCUCUCCCAACAUAUUGGCAAUAUGACUAAUCUCCGAUCUCUACUUCUAAGUGGUAACUUUUUCCACAGGCUUUCAAGUGACAGCCUUGAUGUUUUGUCCAAACUUCAAAAUCUAAGGACAUUAGAAUUAAGAAUGAAUUUUAUCAAUACUGUAAAUAUGACAUCUGUGAAACCAUUAAAGUUUCUCAUAGAUAUUGACCUCUCCCAAAACAUGCUAAAUUUUCUUCCCUGGGGCUUGAAUGUGUCAACUAAGAUUGUGGUACAGGAAAGCUGUCAAAACCAGAACUUGUACACACAUUAUUUUCCUGACCCAUCGCUUAUGCUAAUAGAUCGAAAAGCUACACCUGGAAGUGACAUCUGGGAAUCCAACCAAUCAAACCUACUAGAAAUGGUGGAGGAUCAUUUGUCAAAAUUUAAAUCACUAUGGGACUUUAAAAAUGAUUUCUGCCAUGAUAAACUGACAUACGACUUGUCUCAAAAUGACAUUAUGUCUCUUAACAAAGAGGUGUUUUUAGGCAUGGAAAAUGCUGUUUGUUUAGACCUUUCCUUUAAUUACAUGAACCAGGCAUUUAAAUGUGGUCUGUUCAAUAGCAUGAAACAAUUAGUUUUUCUUAAUUUGUCAUACAAUAGACUUGAUUUUUACUAUAGAGAUGCUUUCAGUGAGCUAAAUUCUACUCUGAAAGUACUGGACGUCAGUAACAAUGACUUUUACUUCAACAUGAAGGGCAUGGGUCAUCGUUUUGAGUUCAUUCAAAAUCUGAAAAACUUGGAAGUUCUGAGUUUGGCAAACAAUGGCAUUGGGAUGCGAAUAGACCAAAGGUUGGUCAGCAGCUCUCUGAAGUACCUCUACUUCUCUGGAAAUCAUCUCAACAUUAUGUGGGAGUCUGAUAACAAUAAGUACACUCACUUCUUCCAAAGCCUAACAAACCUUACCCACCUUGAUAUCUCUAACAACAAUCUGAAGUCAAUCACACCAGAAGUGCUGUGCAACCUCCCAAGAAGCAUUGAGACCCUUAGCAUCAGCGACAAUCUGCUGAAUUACUUCCCAUGGCUAAACAUCUCGGUGCUCAGCAAUUUAUGUUACCUGAACCUCAGUCAAAACUACCUAUAUUACUUGCCUAAUCACGUCAUAGAAUUUGGAGCAGAUUUUUCUCUCUUGGACCUCAGUCAUAAUCGCUUUAGUUUUAUUCCUGAGGAUUUCUUCAGUAAGGCAAAAUCCUUACAGUACCUCUAUCUCAGCCACAACCAGAUCAAAGAGUUGAACCAUCAGUUUCUUCCUGCUCCCUUCAAAAAUGGUAGUGCCCUUCAGAUACUCACCCUGCAUGCAAACCCCUUCAAAUGUGACUGUGAUACAUCUUGGUUUGCAGACUUUUUGCGUAAGACUUCGGUGCGGAUUCCUUAUCUCACUACACGUGUAUACUGUGAUUACCCAGAGUCCCAACAGGGCGUGAGUAUACUGUCCAUGGACCAGCGUUCAUGCCAGGACAUAUAUGGUAGCUUGGCCUUCCUCGUCUGUUCAUUUUUAGCUGUGAUGUUCACUGUUCUGCCCCUUCUGAAGCAUCUCUACGGCUGGGAUCUGUGGUAUUGCCUACAGGUACUUUGGGCAGGACAUAAGGGCUACUCCCAGCUGGUGGGUAGUGAUUCACCUUAUCACUAUGAUGCUUUUGUGGUGUUUGACACCAGAAACCAGGCUGUGAGGGACUGGGUCUACAAUGAGUUAACUGUCAAUCUGGAAAACUCAGGUCACCGGAGGUUUUGCCUAUGUUUGGAGGAGAGAGACUGGGUUCCUGGGCUUUCAUGUAUUGAAAAUCUACAUAAUGCUGUGUACAGCAGUGUGAAGACAGUGUUUGUGCUGUCUAGUGGUGCCACUGGUGGAGAAACAGUGAACGGUGUGAUCCGCCAGGCUUUCUUCAUGGUUCAGCAGCGACUUUUGGACGAGAAGGUGGAUGCAGCUAUAUUGGUUCUUUUGGAUGAGAUGUUUCCGAAACUGAAGUACCUAGAGCUGAGGAAGAGGUUGUGCAAAAAGUCUGUGUUGUCUUGGCCGAGGAACCCAAGGGCUCAACCUCUUUUCUGGAACCAAAUGAGAAUGGCAUUGUCAUCAGAUAACCUCAAAUUCUAUGACCACAACAUGAGUGAAAGUUUUAUAUGACUUCCCUUCAGAAAGCACUUUUGUGAAAAAGUCCUUGUUGUUAAGGAUCUUAUUGCAAUUACCUUAUGGCUUACCUUAAAAUGUAACUAAAAUUUUUAGAUUGAAAUGUAACCAUUCUUU